CCAAGUCUAUAAUGUCAAGGACAAACUAUGAUACACUAAGAGGCUUUUAGAGGAAUGGGCCCAUAAACCUAUCCCAUAUAUUUAUACCCAUAGUUUGGUAACUUAUGGAGAGUACAAUCAAUAUACUGUACUUUAUUAGUCUCAUACACUGGACAUGACCUUCAGGGCACCGGCACCUUAUGCAAUCAAUCAAAUGCUAAGACGACUGACUGUCUCUCUGUAAACAAGAUUUAAGAAGAAAAGCAAAAAAAGAAGAAGAGAAACAAAACUCAUUUAUAAGACACAAAUCAUUUGUGUGGACAACAAAAGUGGCCGAUAUUUGACUUCAACAAUAUAUCAACUGAAGAAAUUGUGUCCAAAAAUAUUAUGUGUUUUGCUGUGAAAAUUCAAUUAUUUUGAUUCAUUAAAUUUGACGUGAAUUUUACAUAUAAGUGAUGUGUUGUGUUGUGUGAUUUGAAUCGCUAUCUAAACCUACAGUCAGUGACCAAUUAGCCAAUCAGUGCCCUAAACAAUGGCCCAGAAGAGGAAUAUGACAACAAGUCAAGUGAUAAUGCAUUUGAUUUGUAAACUACUGAUAACUUUAGUUAUUCAUCAAUUAUGUCAUCAAAAUGUCUCAGCGUCGGGUGUUUUCGAGUUUAGACUAAUUUCAUUCAUAAAUGAUUUAAGUCGCGAUGCCAUCGGUAACUGUUGCGGGAAUGCCAUCAAAACGGACGAUAAUCACGAAGUAUGUCAAGAAAAGUGUCACACAUUCUUUCGAGUGUGUCUUAAGCACUACCAGACCAACAUUGAUCCCAGUCCUCCCUGUACUUAUGGUGAGGUCAUUACAAAUGUUGUCAACAACAGUACCGUUUCUUUUACUGAUAACGACACCAUUCGAUUCCCGUUUAAUUUUUCGUGGCCGGGAACCUUUUCAUUGAUAGUGGAGGCCUGGCAUAACGCUUCUGCAUCAUCAAUGUCCACAUCGUCUCGAGCCGUGACAAAGACAAUGACCCGAACUUUGAUCACACGUCUGGCAAUGUCUCGGUAUCUUAAAGUGGACUCCAAGUGGACACAAAAGAGUGCACUCAAUAACCAAACUUCACUAAACUACUGGUACAGAGUCACGUGUCAGGAGAACUAUUUCGGUGACUACUGUGAUGUGCUCUGUAAGGCCAGAGACGACAAGUACGGACACUUCACAUGUGGUCCUAACGGCGAAAAGCUUUGCUAUCAGGGCUGGUACGGCAACUAUUGUGAAAAAGCAAUCUGUAGGGAAGGUUGUAAUGCCACGAAUGGCGAGUGCUCUCAACCCAGUGAAUGCAAUUGUAGAUAUGGAUGGGAAGGCCAUAACUGCAACCAGUGCACCAAAUACCCGGGCUGUUUGCACGGCUACUGUUCCAAGCCGUGGGAGUGUUUGUGUGAUGAGGGAUGGGGUGGAUUGCUCUGUAAUCAAGAUUUGAAUUAUUGUACUAACCAUAAGCCGUGUAAGAACGGUGGUUCCUGUACUAACACUGGACAGGGAUGGUAUACAUGCGAAUGUCGUCCGGGAUAUACCGGCAAAAAUUGUGAACAAGAAGUUGAUAGUUGUGCCCAAAUUCCCUGUGCUAACGGAGCCACAUGUAAAAGUACGACACCAAACAACUAUACGUGUGAGUGUCCAUUAGGAUUCACUGGGAAGCACUGUGAAAUAAUGGCCAGUGCCUGUCCUAAUAAUCCCUGUGCUAAUGGGGGUACUUGUGUGGAUGGUCCGAGCGGUUACUUGUGUAUCUGUAAAGCCGGUUAUGAAGGCGACAAAUGUGAGGUCAAGCAAACUGAUUGUGAUCCCAACCCGUGUUUUAAUGGGGGCAGUUGUAUGGCCACAGAUGAUGAAAGCUACAGCUGUCAGUGUAAGGCCGGCUAUACUGGCGAUAACUGCGAGAUAAACAUCAAUGACUGUGAAGUGAAUCCGUGUCUGAAUGGUGGCACCUGUAUUGAUGAAGUUAACGCAUUCCGGUGUUUAUGUGUUCCGGGAUUUGUUGGUGAUUUGUGUCUCAUUGAUGUCGAUGACUGUUUGGCUAAACCGUGUUCUAAUGGAGGAACUUGUCAAGACUUGAUCAAUGAUUACCAGUGCACGUGUGCUCUGGGAUAUACAGGCAAAGACUGUUCCGUCAAUGUCAACGACUGUGAGUCGAGUCCGUGUCUUAAUGGCGGCACUUGUGUUGAUAGAGUGCAAGAGUAUGAAUGUCAGUGUACUGUUGGYUAUUCUGGACAACGAUGUGAGCACUCAUUGGUUAUAUUUAACAUCGAAAGCAGUCUCAACAACUCGACUCCAUUACCUAUGACUGUGAUUGACGGCGAAAGAGCCGAAGCUCUCUCAUCAAAACAGCUUAUUAUCAUUGGCUUAGUGUCGGCAUCAGUUCCCUUGUUGGCCAUUAUAGCCACCAUUUCAAUAAUUGUGUGCAAACACCAUAAGAGUCGACUAACGAAACAAAGUAAGAGAGACGAAGAAGAAGCCCGUCGUCAAAAUGAGCAAAAUUUUAUGACUUCUAUGAACAACAAGUGUACAGAAGGAGGGGUGAGCUUAGCACCGGGUGCUAAUGUGAUAGUCAAUACACUGGACAAACCAUCUUUCCAUUCAUCACUGAAUCAUUUAAAUCGCGGCAAAAGUGCGACUCUCAGUAAAUUAACAAAUCAUGAGAUAUAUGACUCAAAACAAAAUAUAAUUUAUUCAAAUCCACGAAUGUCUGUGAAUGAAAAGUUAUCGGCGACUAACUAUCAGUCGCUAAUAAAGACUAAAUCAAACAACAAUUAUAAUAAUAAUAAGUUGUUAAACACUGAAUUAUCUCAGAAAGCACUCGGAGGUGGUGUURGUGUGUCCUUUGGGCCACAAACAGCCAAAGUGCUGGUUGAUAACAGGCCUCACUCUGUUAUUGCACAACACAAUGAAGUGAACAACAGUCGGAAAAAUAUUGUGGAUCUCAUAUAUGACAACAACAAUCUCUUAAAUGUUGUCAAUCAGUCGCCAAAUGCCAAACAACAGGCUUGUCAUACAAAUCAUUGCCGGUUUUAGAGUGACUUAGACUAACAUAUAGAGUAUUAUAGAACUGUUGUAUAUGUUUGUUAUGGGAUCGGUAUUACCCGACUUCUAUAUAACAAACAAAAUUACUAUUUAUUAUUAUUAUUAUUAUUAAU